AUGGACAUGAUGGAGGAGGCUGCCAGCCAGCUGGAGAGGGACCAUGUGCACAGCGUCUAUGACAAGAUUGCUCCAUAUUUCAACGACAGCCGCUAUAAAGCCUGGCCCAAGGUGCGGCAGUUCCUGCUGGACCUGCAGCCAGGGAGCAUUGUCGCAGACAUAGGUGGGUUUCACCUCCAGAUAUGACCUUUUAAUCCCAUGACACCCCAUCAUUAAUAAAAUAUUAGUGCCCCAGGAGCUCAAUCAGAAGUCGAACGAUUUAUUUCCCUUCAGAGAGAUCAGGGAAGUUUGAUGCUAAAUCCAGCUGUAGGUGUCUUUUCACGCUGACUAAGGCUGACUGUCUUGACCUUGGCAGGUUGUGGAAAUGGCAAGUAUCUCCACAUCAACCAGGAGGUGUUCAAGCUAGGGUGUGACGUUUGUCGCCCACUGGUGGACUACGCCUGGAGUCAGGGACAUGAAGUCCAGAUGUGUGACGGGCUGCUUUUGCCUUACAGAGACGGCUGCUUUGACGCUGUGCUAUCGAUUGCAGGUAACAGACACACACAUAUGGACAGGAGGUGUGUUGAUUCACGAAGCUGAUGAAUCAUAAAACUUAUUAUACUUCUUAUUUAUUCACUCACCUCUGAUAUUUACACAAUUUUACAAUAGAUUUUUACUCUCUCUCCACACUUACUGCUAAGAUAUCCAUUCACCACACAGAGUUUUGAUCUUUAGGCGUAAAUAACAUAAUUAUUAAUGGCACAAUAUUUAUAUAUUUCAGGUCUACAGAGAAAGAUUAACAUGCUGUAUGUGUAAUGAUGCUAAACAUGAGAGAUAAUAAGUGUGUUACCGUUAGAAAAACAGGGUAAUCAGAACAAAAGACAACAUCUGAAGCCCACGCUGUAAAUUUAUUGCGGUGUACAUAAUGGACCUUGUUCACUGUCAAUGCUAAGUGUGACACAUCAUAAUUACAUAAGUGCUUAUUUGGAUUUUUUUCACAGUCAUCCAUCAUUUGUCCACCAAAGAGCGUCGUAUUCGAGCAAUAAAGGAGAUGGCUCGCAUCCUGCGAGUGGGCGGACGCAUUAUGAUCUACGUGUGGGCCAUGGAGCAGAAACGCCGUAAAUUCGAGAAACAGGACAUCUUCGUCCCCUGGAACCCCAACCCCCAUUCACCCUCCGUCCAGCCCAGACGGAGGGCCGCAGCUCAGAGCAUGAGUGAAGCCAUAGACAACAGUGACAAGCACAGGAAGGUUCGAAGCACAUCAUCAGUGGCAGACGAAGAAGAUCUGAGCUGCACCAUGCCGCAGCAGAGCUCCCAGAGGCUCUGGUUCUUCUCCAGAUCUCUGGAUUCUGUCUUUGACUUUGGAAGCUUAGCCAUCUCUCGCUCGUCCUCCAGAGACCUGAGCACUUUAUCUUCACCCUCAGGUGAAAACAUGGAGAGCAAGGCCCGCCAGCGAGGGAGAGGGCGAGACCUCAUCAAGCAGGUGUCGAGCUUCUUCUCCCCGCCGUCUGUGAUUGGAUCGGAGGAGGAUGUGUUUGACUCGGUCACAGACCUGCACAAGGGUCAAAACGAUCCGGAAAGCACCAACAUCGCCAACAACAACAACAUGAGCACAGGAAAUCCAAGUGUUUGUUUAGCCCAGGAGUGCGGCUCUCUGGCCCUGCCGGAUCUGGUCUCUUUCCAGAAGGAGCACUUGAGGCAGUGUGGAGAGGAAAGUGAAGCUGGGCCGCAGGGAGAAGAGCAGCCAGAAAGCACAAGGAGUCUUGAGGGGAGCGUGGGGCAGGUGCAGGGCUCCUGCCUGAGGUACUAUCACGUCUUCAGGGAGGGGGAGCUGGCAGAGCUGAUCGAGAACCACGUGGAGGAGCUUCAUGUCAAACACACUUAUUUCGAUCAUGCCAACUGGUGUGUGGUGGCAGAGAAAGUGCAGUUAAUGAAGAUGUGA